UCGCUCGGCCCGGCCUACUACACCGACGCCGCCCUCGCGCGCGCGCUCAACUUCUCCGCCAUGCCCGAGUACGAGUACGACUACUCGCCGGCCGCAUCCUCACCCUCCAACUCCGCCUCCGCCUCCGCGCUCUCCUCGUCGUCGCUCCUCGCGGACUUCCCCUGCAGCGCGGGCGAUGGCAGCAGCUGGUUCGCCUCCACGGUCGCGCCGGCGACGGGGUCACUCGCGUGUGACUCCGUGCUGGUCGCGUCAGACGCGGCGCCGCGGCCGCCAUGCACCCCCGUGGGCGCCAGCGCCGCGGCGAACAAGAGGCGGGCGGGCCUGGGGCCGAACGCGGCGGGCGCGGGGCGCGCCGGGAAGCGGCGUGCGCGGGCGUCGAAGCGCGCCCCGACCACGUACAUCAGCACCGACCCGGCCAACUUCCGGCUCAUGGUGCAGCACGUCACCGGCGUCCAGGCCGAGCCGGGCACCGACGACGGCAGCGUCCUGCACGCCUCGUUCGACGCGUCCUCCGCCGCGGCGCUGCUGGAAUGCCACCCGUUCGACGGCGCGCCGCGGAUGCCGGCCGACGUGGACGCGGCGGAGCUCCAUCGCCACCACCAACAGCAGCAGCAGCCGUGCUACCCGACGCUGGACUCGUGGAGCGUCAUGUACGAGAGCAGCCAGCUGCUGUAGCUCCAGCCGAUCACUCAGCUCCAUGUUCUCCAUGCAUCAUUAACCAUGAGUAGUAGUCCAGUCAGGACCGUAGAUUGCAGAUUAAUUACGGCUACUUCAUCUUUUGCCCGGUGUCUAUCUAAUGUACGUACAUGUAAUUUUCUACUUUUCGCCGCUCGA